CGCGCAAUGAUAGCCGGAAGCAUCGAUGGGAGGAAAAUAAAAAUCGAUUAAAUCCACUGUUAUUCGCGAGUGUAAAUCUCUCACUUACAUCCUUUUUUUGCGAUCAUAGGCUCGAAUUCCUCAGUGUCUUACACUGCUGCUGUGCUGGAGGGGACGGUGGAGAACAGAAAAUCUCUAUUUGAACGAAGUUGCUCGGUAGGGGUUUAGCUGACGUGUGGAGAAGUUGAGACUGCUAGAGAGCAGAUAAACAAACAUAAACAAGCAGGGAUCAGCUGAGCGCCUGUCCGAACCGAACCACCAGCUCUGAGAGAUGGCAGGGGCAACGAAAUUCUUCUUUUAAGCCCGAGCAUGAUCCACAGGAGACCGUGACUUAUACUGAUACCAGCUCCAUGUCAAUUGUCAACAGUGGCACACAAAGAAUUUCGGAAACACAACACGAGGACCAGCCAUAGGCUUUAGCAGAAAAUCCACUGCUCCAGUUACUGUCUUUUUUGUCAAGACAUAGCAAGGCUAGCAUGGACAACCUAUGAAUUUACCCUCCAGGUUUCAGCUGUAACGAAACGAAUACAUAUUACAGUGCAAGGAGACAGAGAUUUGUGGUCACUGGUGUCACAAGUGGAGUAGACAUGGCCCACCAGGCAACCCCCAGUUCCCAGAAGGCCCUGAUGAUGGAGCUGAAGUCUCUGCAGGAGCAACCAGUGGAGGGCUUCCGCAUCACCCUGGUGGAGGAGUCUGACCUUUACAACUGGGAAGUAGCCAUCUUCGGGCCCCCAAAUACCCUUUAUGAGGGGGGAUACUUUAAGGCUCACAUCAAAUUUCCAGUUGACUACCCUUACUCCCCGCCUACCUUUCGUUUUCUCACCAAGAUGUGGCACCCAAAUAUUUAUGAGAAUGGAGAUGUGUGCAUAUCCAUCUUGCACCCUCCUGUCGAUGACCCACAAAGCGGGGAGCUACCCUCCGAGAGGUGGAACCCCACCCAGAAUGUCAGGACCAUCCUUCUUAGUGUGAUCUCUCUGCUCAAUGAGCCCAACACCUUCUCCCCAGCCAAUGUUGAUGCCUCAGUUAUGUUUCGCAAAUGGAGGGACAGCAAAGGGAAGGAUAAGGAGUAUGCAGAGAUUAUCAGGAAGCAGGUGAUGUCAACAGCAGCAGAAGCUGAGCGCGAUGGCGUCAAAGUGCCGACCACGUUGGCGGAGUACUGCAUCCAGACCAGGGUUCCCUCCCAGGACAGCAGCUCGGACCUUCUAUAUGAUGACCUCUAUGAUGAUGACAUGGAGGAAGAAGACGAAGAUGAAGACGAGAGUGAGAUGGAGUCCGUAGGCGAGGCUGGGGGCAUGAGCAGCGUGGAGGACGGUGGGACGUCCACCAGACGUUAUGACAACCAGGACGACUCUGGCAACGAAGACUCAUGAUGAUCUGGAUGAUAACUCCUCCCUGCCAACUCCCCCACCACCCUCCUUCAUUUUUCAGUGUGUCUGCGUGCGUGCGUGUGGAUGCGUGUGCGUAUGUUUGCACAUACAGUGGGGUCAAAAGUCUACUGCCAAAAACUUUUCAUCAUUUAUUAAACUAACACGUGCUUCGUCAAAUAAUAGUUCUUACGUGUUGUUAAAUAACUUUUCAGUGACAGCUUGUUGGUACUGAAAACCUAGAAUUUGGAGUUUCUACCGUUUGCCUUAAUUACAGCUUGUACUCUAACAUUUUUGCAGAGUUUGAGAUGUGAAAUGAUCUCCACACUGUUUGAGGGCAUCUUGAGUGUUUUUAAAGUCAUAUCCAUGUUCCAUUUAAGAGGCUGCGGAUCAUCUCUUUUUCUGCAGUGUGGAUGCAUGAUCAGGAUACACUUAAUAUCCACGUUAGUGACUCAAGAUGAAGCGAAAUAUGUCCACAUCUCGAUAUUUACCUUUGUCCAGCUCUAGUUUGUUGUAUCAUUUUCGUGCAACGGAUUCCUCGUGUCGCUUAGUUUGAAAUUAGCCGUUUUUAAUUUUACAGUUUAUUUCUGCAGCUCAUAACAAAAACUUCAUUAUUAGUUUCCUGCUAAAUAAUUAUGCUUUGUACCAUUAAAAGAGUGGUUUGGUAGCUGCUAUAGUUUUUUCCCUCGUACUUGUAUAUCUUUUAAGCUACAGUUGUCUUUGUAUCAGAUGGUGACAACUCUAGGUUUGUCUGGCCCUGGUUUGAAUUUAAUAAGCUUUGUUUUAAUAAAAAUUCUUUCAGGCUGUAUCUUACGGUCCUCAAGACAAAGUUUCAACUACAAAUUUCCAAAGUAAUACUCUUGAUGUUAAGGCUUAGCUACUAUUACCGGAAAAACUAGUUAAUACGAGAUAUUUCCACUGCAUCAGUAUUUUAUUAAUAAAACAAACUGCUCCAUGAAAUGCAUCCUAUAAACAAUCUUCUGAGUUUAAAAAUGUAGUGUUGAUAAAUGAUGAAAACAAGUUGUAAUUGUGGUGGUCUGUUGAGCCCCACUGUCGCUGGCUGAAUCUUUGUCUGGCCAGUCCAUGUCAGAUUUUUUUAAUUUUUAGGCUUUAGUGGCCUUUUAUUUUAACAGUGGCUGGACAGGAAAGAUGGGUCGGAGAGAGACCUGCAGCAAACAGCCCCAGACCGGGACUCGAAUCUGGACCGGCUGCACCAAGGAGCUGUGGCCUCGGUACGUGGGGCGGCUGCUCAACCAACUGAGCGACACACCUCCCCCAUGUCAGGUUGUUUUCAUGUUGAAAGAAACUUUGGGUCCACUGUCUCGUUCUCUGUUUUGUUUUUGUUUGGGAUUAUUUGGUUGACACUCUGUCCUCCCUUGACUUGUCUCUUGUAUUUUCUGUGAUGGCUCAGGCAGACUGGCCAGUUAAUGAGUUGUCCAGCUUGUCCUCUCACUGUCAUCCAGUGUUUUCAAUGAAUGGACAUUUCUGUUCAUUGAGGCUGCCCCAUUUGACUUUGAUGUGAUCAACAACCCUGCCAUGCCCCCGCCCAUUUAGUACAACUUCAGAAGUAUUAAUCUCAACUUCUCCGUCAUGAUUCCCUGAAGCAGUGUCAUUUCAUUUAGGGUGAACAAAGUCAAGACCUUCUGUUACAUCGCCUCCUUCACCUAUCUCUGCCUCUUAAAUCUCAGGGCCUCAGUAGACUUUCACUGAGAGAGAAAAACUAAGUUGUCACAAAGAAAAGACACAAACAGCUCCUCACCUCCACUUUCUUUUCUUACUUGAUGUGUCACUGAGCAUUAUUAGAGGGCCAAGGGUGCUCUGAUAGUCUCCAGUCCCACUGCUUGACUUUACACAUGACCGAGUGUUGCUCAGAUUAGGGUGCUUUAAGUCCCUUUCCCUCUUGGUAAGCAAGAACCAGAUAAAGAAAAUUAAAAUACAGCUGUAGGGACUUUGUUCUCAAGACAAUGCUUACAGUAUGUUGUGACAGAUGUGGCUCCAAUCUAUGCUUCAAUGCAACUUUGUGAGAACUGAAUAUUGUAUUUAGAGUCUGUUGACGAUGACAACAUUCAGCAUAGAUACACACUUGCAUUUGAAUGAAUACGACACUGAUUGCCUGUAACCUGUUACCUGUUUUGUUCUGUUUAAUGCGUGUGUGCGUGUGUGUGUAUUUACAUUUAGCACUCAUGUUGGCUAUGAUGUCAGAGUUUUACCCUUUUUUUUCUUUUUUCUUAAACUUUGUGUGGAAUUUGUGCAGACUUGUGUCACAUGGAUAAGUUUGCCCCAAUGACAUUUUGAGCUUGAAGAGAUCCUCAGUUACGUCCUGUUUCAGGUGGCCUGAAUCAGCUAAGGAUUUGACUGAUUUACAAAGAAAAGAAGUGAAGAAAAAAAAAAACACUGAGUAUUUAGUUUUGAACACCCUGAGCAGCCCAAAAUAAUAUUACCUGUACUGCAUCAUGUAAACCACAUGUUUUGAUUUAAGAAUUUGUUGCCCUGUUCAACACAAUGGAGCACUGGGAAGAAAUCUGUGAUUCCAGCAGGUGGAUUUUUAUGCCAAGGAAACCAAGUACUGCCCCUUCAACUUUUAUUCUAAAGACUAUGAAGUACUGGAUGCAUGUAGUGGAUUUACUGCUUUUUGAUUUAAACUCUUCCUGAGUUUGGAUUUUAAUGUGAAUCAAAGGAGUGAAACAUUCUCUCCUGGCCCUGUACUUUAGACUGGAUUAUGUUGUGGGCAAACAUAGGAGAUCCACUCCUGAACUGUACCUAUGAUGGAUUUGAUAUUGCGGCACAAGAUGAGGAGAAUAGAUGCUGGAGAUUCUGAACUUUUUUUUAAUGUGUUUCCCCAUCUUUGCCCAUCCUUCAUCACAUAGAAAAGUUAAUUACCAUUAAGAGAUGAAAAGUACCACCAAAUCUUGUGUGUUUGGAAAGGCAAAGUUAAACAUUUUGUGGUAUAUAUGCUUUUAAAUUGUGAGUUAGAUGAGAAGAUUGAUAUAAUGUCUGUCCAUUAGAUAUGGCUCAUUUCAUGGCUUCUUAACUAACACUGAUUUAAAAAAAAAAAAAAACACACACACACAAAGAAAAUGGCUCACACAUUUCAGGGCCUGAAAGAUU